AGCUCCGCUCACCAACAUCAUUCAGAUCUGCUCCUCUCAGGCCGCUGGGGGAGCACACUACACGGGACGGCGAAAAAAGUCAAAGGGGUUAACUUGGAUACGCACGCGGCGGUGUUUUGAUUAAAAAAACCCGCUCAACUGCACGUUGAGGCGACUUUGUUAUCCACGGGAAGAAUUUCCCUUGAUAUGGGAUUUGUUUUGAAAAGUACAGACGCGCGUAGUUGAAGGAUAUAACUCCAGUAUGCGGCAGUUUUGAAACAAAGGGGUCUGGAGCGCCGUUGUCUGAGUGGAUUUGGGGCCCUUUCUGGAUGGGAAAGAUGGAAACGGAGGGGCAGUGGUGGAAAAGCCAGCUUGCAGCGGACAUCCAUCAGGCUCUGCGAAUUAAGGAGCUGAAGUUGCCAACGUACCAAGCCCAAUCUCCACAGAUCGGGAUGCGGCGGUACUUUGCCGACCUGCUCGCUGUUCUCAGUAACCGAUACCAGCUGUGCCCUACGGCACGUCACCUGGCCGUCUACCUGCUUGACCUCUUUAUGGACCACUAUGACGUAGCGGUGCGGCAGCUGUACGUCAUCGCCCUCUCUUGUCUCCUCCUGGCCAGUAAGUUUGAAGAGAAGGAGGACCGCGUGCCCAAACUGGAGCAGCUGAACACUCUGGGCUUCAUGUGCAGUUUGAACCUCACCCUCAACAAGCGAGACCUCAUCAAGAUGGAGCUGCUGCUGCUGGAGACGUUCGGCUGGAACCUGUGCAUGCCCACACCUGCCCACUUCAUCGACUACUACCUCCACGCUGCUGUCCAGGAGGGGGACCUACACAAUGGCUGGCCCCUCUCCUCCCUGUCCAAGACCAAAGCCUUCAUGGACAAAUACACACACUACUUUCUUGAGGUUUCGUUGCAAGAUCAUGCCUUCCUGAGCUUCAGGCCUUCUCAGGUGGCAGCCGCCUGCAUAGCUGCAUCCCGAAUCUGCCUGCAGAUCUCCCCUAGCUGGACCACUGUCCUCCACCUGCUCACAGGCUACUCUUGGGAUCAUCUGACGCAGUGCAUCCAGCUCAUGUUACUAGCUCACGAUAACGACGUAAAAGAGGCCAACAAAUCCAAAUCUUCCCCUUCUGCCAGUCAAACCCUCCAGCCGCAAGCUCACGUCCCCCACAGCCCCGCCACCCCCUCUCUGCAAAGGCAGCCCACCUCUAGCUCCCAGCAGCUGCUACUCCAGGCCAGCAGCUACCCGCAGCUCUCCCAGCACUCGCCGGCAUUAUCCCAGCUGCACAUGCUGGCCGACUGCCAAACCCUAGGACCGGUGGGCUCUCGGGAAUAUCUGCAGCCACACCAGGCCGGUCUGCUUUCGGCCUCAAUGCCGGCCGGCUCGUUCGCAUCUUUCCCCAGCUUGGCGUCGGGGCUGCGAGGCUUGCCCCUCCAGGGUCCCAUCUCCAUGCAGGUGAGCAUGGGACCCGAACGCCACUGCCUCGGUUUGACUUACGGGAGCGGAUACUUGAGUUCCCAUCACACGUUCACAGCCGGCUGCUUCGACAGGUGACGCCAGGAGAGGGAGGACAAACUCAACCUGGGGCUGCCGCCGUCCUCCGCCCUCUCCGCCGCCCCCGAGGGGCUUCGUCUCGGACGUCGACGAAGACUUUCCAAACGGAAAACCAACAGUCGAGUGGAUCCCACUGAGGUCAUAGUAUUAACUUGAGAACUUUUUUAGCUUUGUUUCCUUUUGGGUAUGAACUGAGGAUAUCUAUUUUUUAAGAUUUUUUUUUUUAGCCAAGUGAGGACCACCUUCUUCCAGUGCUCUGGUUCUGUGUUGACCUCAAAAAAAGACAAAGGAUGCUCUUACGGGGAUCCUUUUAUUAAGCACACAGCCUUAAGAAGAGAAAUCAAGGAGAUCCAUCCCACCAGCAUUUUCAAACAAGUCCUUGAACUCACACUGGAUUUGCUGUACGGUCCUUUAAUGCUGCUGCCUUUUUAUAUGAACUGAUGGCUUUACGACCAAGAAUCCUGUCUCCCUUCUGGGUUUACAGUAAUAUCAGGGAUGUACAGAUCUCUCACACACAACAUACCAUUGAACCAGCUGAUGUUUGUAUGAAGUAGCUUCUUUUGUUCUUGUCCGUAUUCAUCCGUUUUAAAACGACGCGGUCUUUAGAGAAGGUUGACGUUAUGCUGAGGUUCCAGUUCCCUCAGGCAGAUGGAGGGAGAUGCCCCAGGGGACAGAGGCAUCUGUGGUCCCCUAUUUUCCAUGCUUUACUAGUUCCUCCUUCCCCUAGGGAAAAGUAGCCAUGAUCGCCCUGCCGUGUGCUAUGAAGAUGACUUCAUUGUGCUGUACCUCUUCACAUCAGACACUGUGGAUCGUAAAGAUUACCUCACUGUUACACUGUCAUUCACGUUUACCUCCAAACUCAUGCUAAUAAUUAGUUUAACCUCACCGCUCGGCUUAGAAAAGAUGCUUCUGCUGUCAAACCUUUAGGUCAACAUUUUAGUUUUUGUUAAUAUUCGGUCCAAAUAUUUUAUUAUUAUUAUUAUUGUAAACUAAAGAUAAGAUUAACCAAACAUGCUACAUUUCUUUCCUUUUGUUAUUGUCUUUUUGUAGUUCAGAAGGUUGUUCACCAUGAAUUCCUGGCCUUAAGACCAAAGUGUCUGCUUUACGUCCUGCUGAAUGAGAAGCUUUUUCAACCACUUUACUGGACUUUGGAUCAAAAUCUUUCUCCUAUAGUCCUGAACUUUGAACUACCUCAAUAUAUUGCCAUUUGCGUGCUGAUUCUGCAGGGCUCGUCUUUUCGUUUUGUUCCUUCAUCUUGGUCAGAACAUUCAAAUGCUUUUUUUUUAACCCAGAACGUAGUUUUUUUUUGUGUUGAAGUCCCGUGUUUUGUAUAGGUAGAGAACUGUGUUCACUGUAACAGACACGCACUGUUUUGAUAUUUCAAGUCAUUCUCUUGUUGAAGCCUCUGUGUGUGCAAUAUGUAAUCAUUAGUUUGUUACUUGUAUAUUUUUUUUUUUUUAUUUUGUACCACUACUUUUUUACAACGUAGAAUUAGUUUUUCAUUGGUUUGGUUUGUUUUAACACAUUAUUACUGCAUACAUGCAGUGAUUUAUUUUUCCACCAAGAAAAUGUUGCACAUUGCAACCAAUGUCUCCUGAAUCUCUAGACAUUUAGUAUAGAGAACAAUGAUUCUGCUCAUUCAGUGAUCUAAUGGGUUUAUUUAAAAGCCUGUAUUUGGGUAGGAAAAGAGGGGGAUAACAGGUGUAAAUUGGAUGAAACCGCAGAAAUAAAAUGGA